UUACGAAUUAUUCCUUGCAUAAAUAUGUCUAGCCAAAUCCAGACGCUGCAAAAGCAGGUAGCACAGCUCAGACAAGAAGCUAGCAUCCAGAGGAUACCGGUAUCACAGGCAGUAGAAGAGCUACUCAAUUACAUGAAUCAGAACUCAAACAGUGAUGCUCUGGUAGUAGGCGUUACCCCAUCUGAAAAUCCCUUCAGGGAUCAGAAAAGCUGCACUAUUCUAUGAAAACUUUCUGCUGAGACUGUUUAGCUGUGUCUCUACUGCCCCAGGGGAUGAUGUGACUAUUGUUGUCGUCUCAGCAGUAGAUUCCUCUCAACAACCCUGACUAGCUUUUGCCGAGUCAGCUGUUAUUACUGACAGUCCAAGUUGUCACACCUGUGUUUUCCUUAGGUAUAAACAGAUAUGCACAGCUUAACAUUUGAUCCUUACAGGAUGUCAUGCAAGUCAAACCAAAACAUUUUAAUUCAUCAUGAUUAAUAAACAUGUUUGUCAGAUUUUUGGUCAGAUAAUGUCAAGUUUGUCAACCUGUUGUUUGUCGUUACAUAAAUAGCGUUUUGUAAUAUUUGGUGCAAUACCUGAGCCCUUCUCAUUAUGUAUGCUCUUCAUGCUCUUGCUUGUUGUUUUUGUAAUUGCUCAUGUCUACCGUGUCAGUGAGGUGCAAUCUUAUAGCGACCAGAUUUUAUCAGUUUUCUAAUUGGGCUUUUUUAUGUUCAUCUAAGGUUUGUUUUUGGUAUUUUGUAGGAUUUUAAAGCAAGUAUUUUUUUGUUGAUACUCUACCCAAUCCUUUUAAGGGAGUAGCAAAGUUCACCAGAAACCUUGCUGUACCGUGGUAUGAAACCAUUGGCUGUGGAGAGUAUGCUACUGUGCAUUAUUUUCUUUUCGUAACCAAUAAACAGUUUGUAAAAAUGGGUUAAGUUUGCUGGGGUGUCUUCUACAAAGCAGUCACGGGACUGACGUUUGUAUAGUUUGUAUGCUUACUGGUAUACAAAUGCCAAUGCUUUCUAAUAUUAGCUGAGAUAACCUUUGUGGAAUACGGUCCUGGCCUUAGGUCAGAUAUCUCUGUGUACAGGAAGGAUAGAUUUCGCUGGUCAAAAAUGAAUAAAUUGUCCUUUAAAUAAAUUGAGUAACUAAGGAAUAAAAUUGUAAGUGAAGAAUAAAUCUGAAGAACCCCGGACCUGGCUACUUUCAUGGGAGGAAAAUUCCUCCUACCAAACCACAUACGAUUUCUUAUUCUAGCUUUGCUAUGUUAUUUUUCAACAACAAUGAUAAUGAGGAUAAAUGCUUUUCCGGUUUCUGGCAAUUAUGAAUACCGAUCUUUCGAUCAGUUAAGAAAACGCUGUCUGCAUAAAGAUGCUAAAUCACAAAUUUUACUGUGCAGCUAUAUCUUCUCCCUUGGGCGUUGAAGUAACAUGUUGGCGCUUAUAAAAUUUUUAGAUUGGGACUUCUAACAGCAUUCGGAAUUGUAAUAUCAUGUCUCCUGUGUUAUGCAGCAUUUAUAAUAGCACAAACUGUGAAACAGUGUUCACUAUUUACAGUGAUUGUUAAUCAAACUUAGCCAUUUUACUUACAACCCUUUUAUACAGGCUGUCUUAAUUUAUUUGUUAAUACAAUACAUACUCACAAUAUGUACAUGUAAGUGUAGUGUCAGUGUUUAGAAUAUGUAAUAGGAAGAAUGGUACGUUUGUUUUGCUACCAGUAAAUUUAGACUUGUGAAAAAAAUACAAGUACAGCUUUGUGUG